AUGAUCAACCUUGCCCUCGACAACCACCCGCGCCUCAAGCUACGCCUGCACAUAAUAACCGGCUUUCUAAUCACCCUGACCUUCAUCUUAACCAUCGCCCGAGUCGCCGACAAAGGCACCCCGCCAACCCGGACUAAUACCUGGGGCAUCGCAGUAUGCCUAAAAGCAGCCAUCUUCCUAGUCUAUCAAGUCCUCACCACCUACCACGAGCGCUUCAAACGAUGGGCCAGCCCCCGCGCCAACAUGAUCCUGGACAUCAUCGACACGAUCUUCUGGUUUGCUUUGUUCAUUAUCAGCAUCAUGGGCGCGAAUGGGGCGCAUAGUACGAGUAGUAAGGCGCUGGGUGGGGUGGUGGCCGUGCUGGCGCUGGGAUUGUGUAUUCGAGAGAUCUACAAAGCCAAGGACCUGCAAAUCCCGGAUGAGUUCGAGUCCACGCUGACCAGCCCACCCAUCCACUUCAUGUCGGUCUCUGCGCCGGAUGAUGUAGAUGUGGAUGGUCUCCGGCAGGUGAAUGUGCCUCCGGGUCUGAACAUCGAGAUCUUGGACUUUGAGAUGUGAGGGUUGUCAUUGCACAGAUCACGGUGCGCCCGUCGGAUAGGAGGCCAAUUGUUUCUAGUGGUAAUGGAGCAAGCCCCAUCUAAUGUAAUGAAUGAAAUUGAUGUGAUUUUGUGGUUUGUGAUUUGUGUGAUAUGUGAUUUCUAGUUCCUAGGUACAGUAUAUAUGCACCGAACUAUUUACGGUCGACGGGGAGGAGAAAAGCGUGACCGGGUUUUGAG